CUUUAGCCGAGCUCUUCCAUGUCCCCAGGUGUCUCUAACGUGGGCUUUCUCCUUCUGUUUGUUUAGACCUGAGGCUGGCCAUGCUUCAGGUGCCUAGAGAUGGUGACGAAGGAGGCAGGGCCACCUCCGGGAGCGCAGGGAAAGAAGAGCAGCAUCACACUUCACCUCAGAAGCUGCUUCUGGAUUGUAGCCUCUGCAGGAAGGUGUUCAGCCGCGCCAGCUCUCUUAGCAAGCACUACCUGACGCACAGCCAGGAACGGAAACACGUUUGCGGAAUCUGCAGCAAGGCCUUUAAGCGCAAGGACCACCUGACUAGGCACAUGCUCACCCACCAGAAGACCAAGCCCUUUGCGUGCAGGGAGCAGGGCUGCAGCAAGAGCUACUGUGAUGACCGCUCCCUGCGCCGGCACUACGAGGUCCAGCACGGCUUGUGCAUCUUGAAGGAGGCUCCCCCCGAGGAAGAAGCCUGUGGGGACUCCUCUCCUGCCCACGAGGUGGCCGGCCAGCCUGCUGCGGAUGGCCUGCGGUCCCUGGUGCCUCCAGAAGCCAGGUCCCCAGGCCCCCUUUUGCCCAACCGAGAGCCCCUGCGCUCUAUUGUAAGCAGCAUGGUCCACCAGGAGAUCUCUUCUUCCAGCCCGGUCCUGGCCGGGCCCUCAGAUGACGGGGAAGGGAAAAACACAGCCUGUCCCUCCCCACCCUCACUGGGGCCCUACCCCUGCACCCCAGCGGCCCCAGGGACCCUGGGCAGUGAUGUUCCUGAGGAGUGUCACCCCCUGUGGAAGGAGCCCGCCGCUGGGUUCACAGCCAUUCACUCCAGGGUAGCAGAGGAUGGUGGUCCACACCCAGCUGAGUCGGAGCGGCCGCCCCAGCUACCGCCCACCCUGGAGAGCGGGCAGGAGGGUGGGACCCUGCCGGCCGGCCUGCCUCUGUUCCAAGGCCAGGCAGCGCCUGCCAGUGCUGAGCCUUCAAACCACAACUUCCAGUGGCUCCGGAACCUGCCAGGCUGCCCCGAGAGCGAAGGGAAUGAUGAGUUUGCCAUCCAGAAGCCCACUUCCGUGUCCCCUCAGGAGGGCUCCGAGUCUGGGCCCAGGCCCAGCAGCACCUCCCUGAUGGGGGAGCCCUCGCCCAGCGGUGGCCCCAGUCUGGAGGAUGCACCGCCCCUCCCCCCCACAGACCUGAAGGCACCUGGGGAGGCCUCCGAUGGCGCUGGAUAUGCCGGCGAGGAAGGGGACACCAGGGCUUCCAAGAAGAGCAAUUCUGACAGCGACUCCUGCUCACGGCAGCAUGUGGAGGAGCCCGGCCUCCAGGAGGCCCUGAAGCCGAGUGGGCUGUCGUCUGACAACACGACGCCGCUCUCCGGGCAGUUGUUCCUGAAGUCGCAGGAGUGUCUGGUGAGUCAAGGGCAGAUGCAGGUGCUCCAGAUGAUCACCAAGUCCCAGGUGUUCAUCUCUGGCUCCCAGGUGGCUGUGGUCUCCUCCCAGCAAGCUGUGCCUGAGGGCAAGCAGGCUGUGCUGAAGCCACUGCAGGGUCUGCGGCCACACCAGCCCCCACCAUUGGCACCCACAGUUGACUCCUUCCAUCCUGGCCCUGCAAACCCAGAGCCAGAGGGAUCCCCGCCCCACAAGAGAAAAACCACGCCCGCCUUCCCCAGAGAGGCCUUGCCCGGCAGCAAUAGACGGGACACGAAGGGAGGACCAAAAGUGGCCCCUGUACCAUGGGAACCCCCUGGGAAUGCAGAUGUCUCCUCUCUGGCCAAGCAGCUGAGAUCCACGAAAGGGCCCUUAGACCUGGGGGACAUCCUCCCCACAGGGGGCCCACGCCAGACCCAGCUAUGUGGGGACAAUCCUGCCGGAGCCCAGCUCCCAGGGAAGCAGGCCCAGGUGGAGAAUGGCCUGGCCUUGGGGGCCAUGAAAGGUGCAAAGGGCCCGGCCUGCUCCCAGGGCAGAGGCCACAGGCUCUUCUCUGGCAACAUGUGGGCCCAAUGUUUCUUGGACUUCCAGAAGGAGAAGGUGAAAAUGGAUACGCGCUGUGAGGCCUCUCCCAGCCAGGUGGCCAUGGCCUCCUUCUCAUCGGCCGGGCCUUCAGUGGACACCCCGCAGGACUCAAAGUCCAAGCUGACGAUAUCCAACAGGAUCCAGGAUGGAAAUACCUACCAGCUCCCCGAUCCAGUGAAGGAGGAGAGCACGGCAGGCGGAUGUAACCAGCAAAAUGGAGGCCCUGCAGACUGGGCAGAGCCAAGGAGCGCGUAUGUCUGCAAGAACUGCAGCCAGAUGUUUUAUACAGAGGAGGGGCUAAUCAGCCAUAUGUGUUUUCCCAACGACCAGUGGCUGCCACCUCGAGGGAACCAGGACCAGCAGGUGAAGGUUUCAGGACCAGUGUCGGGCACAGAGUUUUUCAAGCCUCUGAGUCAGGCGCUGAGGGUGGAGGUGGAGGCACAGAGCCCCGCAGGAGCCGUGAAGCCCCCAGAUGGCAUGAGCACAGCUCCUCUGGGGAUGCCUCUGGGCCCAGUGAGCCGGCCCCCAGGGAGCACAGCCAAGGGACAGGACGGAGACCAGGAGGAGAGAGAUGGGGAGGAGACCAGCCAGCCCAGAAAGCAGCGAAAGUGCCCCCAACCCAAGGCAUCGUUCCUGCCUCCUGCCCCUUCUGCCUCUGGGGGUCUGGGCCCUGAAGAAGGCCACCAGAGCUGCCUGCAGUCUCCAGUGCUCCUGGGGGACCACUCCCUGCAGGGACUGUGCCCGCGCUCUCCCGAUACACCGCCCCUGGUGCUCAGCCCCAUCCGGGAGGGGUCUGGGCUGGAUUCCAGCACUCUCUGUUCCAUGUCCACUCAGGCUGGUCCUGACAAACUCAUCAGCAGCAAGCUUGAUCUAGUGAAUGACGCUUCUGACAUCUGCGCAUUCGAGGAUGACACGGAGCUCAGCACUGAACCGGACCUGUGA